UUGGAAAGUCAGAAGGCCUGUCAGAAUGUCAGUGCGCUGUAUAAACCCUGCAGAAUAGGAAGAAGAUUAGUAAUAAUAAAGGAAGAUUGAUCUCUAAAGAGGGAUAUUAUUAGAGGAAAGGUGAACCGAUAUAAAAGGUAACUAAAUCAAAGCAGGACACAAAGAGAGAACUGAGGGAAAUGCAAUAUAGUAGAGAGGGUAAAAUGUGCUUGAUAGAAGAUACAGACUGAGAAAAGGUGCUAGCUAGAUAGGGAGGAGGUGAAUCAGAAAAUAGUAAGGUGGUACCUAAAGAGUUAGUAAUGUAGCUGGAGAGGCAGGAAGAUAUAGCUGCAGAAAAGGGGUGAUACAGAGAGGGGAUAACUAAAAAAGAGUUACUAGCUGGAUGUAACUAAGGGAGGAUGAUACUUAGGAGAAAAGAGUAACUAUAGAGAGAGAGGAAGGUAAUCACUAGAGGGGAGGGUAUCUCUAGUGAAUAGAGUUCUGUAGAGAAAGGAAGGAAAACAAGGGAGAUGCAAAUAAGUAUAGCUAGAAAGAGGAGGGGGAAGCCAUGAACGGAGGGGCCAUUGCAGUGGGAAAGGGUAGCUAGACAGUAAAGUUAGGAUACUCUUUCUCAGGCAACUCCUUCACGUGAACCUACCACUUAUAAAGCAGCACUUGUUUAAGUCUUUAGAUAACCCUUACUCUCUAGAUAGCUGAAUAUUUGAGAGGAGGUUGCUAUCAAGGAAAAGAGAGUACAGAGUGCUGGCUAGGAAGGAGGUAACGGAAUGAGAGGUCACACAACUACAAUGUCACUAGAUGUAGAGUCUCGGUUGUCUCUUCUCAUGUCUCUGCUGAUGAAGAGGAGGAGGACUGUGAGGCUACAGCAUGGCAAUGAGCUUAGAAAGCUUGAGGCCUGGAGACGGAGGAGGAACAGAAUGAGGAUGUAUCAGCAACAGAGCCAGCAGACACUAACGCUGUUACUAAUGCGAGAAAGGGCUAUUAGCUAUUCCCUAGAAAAUCCCAACCACUGCUCUUUCCUGGUGAAUUUCCGGCCCUGUGAUUGGCUGGAUCGUUUUCGUUUAUCCAAGGAUACAUUCCUUUAUCUAUGUGAUCAACUGCGAAGUCAUCUGCAGUGCCCAGGGUUGGCCCCUGAGGAGAAGCUGGGCAUUGCUCUGUGGAAGUUGUCAAGCAAACCUUCAUGCCCUUUGUUGCAGAGUACGUUUAGGGUAGGCCACAAGGUUGUUUACAAGUGUGUGAAGGAGGUUUGCCAGGCUAUUGUAACUGUCUUGAAACCCACUUACCUUCACCCACCUAACGCUCAGGCAUUAAAGGACAUGGCACGUAUUUUCAAUGCCCGAUGGGGUUUCCCACAUUGUGUGGGAGCAUUAGGUUCAGUCCGCAUACCCUUGCCUGCCCGUGGCAAUGCAGAUGGUAGCCAUUUUCUAGUAUUGCAGGUUGCAGUGGAUGGGCAAGGUUUGCUAUGGGAUGCCGGUGCUAACUUCUCUAGUGGUUUGGGUACUGCAUCUAUCCUGGAGAACUCAUUACUUUGGGCAAUGGCACGUGAUGGUGGUCUACAGGCUUCGCUAGAGAACAUCUUUCUGGAUGUUGCACACAAUUAUUUCUUAUUAGGAGAUGCCACAUAUCCACUACAAGAUUGGCUGCUCACACCAUACCCACAGAAGGGUGGGCAGAGUGAACGGCAAGCCAGAUUUAAUCUUCAAUUAGAGCGGGCACGGAGUGUUGCAGAUAUUGCACUUUUACGUUUGCGGGCCCGCUGGCAGUGUCUCCUUGCUCCUUCAGGAUGUCCCCUUGUACCAACACUGGGACUGGCAUGUUGUGUGCUCCACAAUGUAUGUGAAACUCAUGAGCAAAGUUUCGACUCUCGUUGGUUGGAAGGAUUGGAGACGACAGACUCUCCUCAGGCUCUCUCACCUAGCUGUUCCUCUAUUACCACAGAUGUCCGAGCUGAAUUCUUACGGGACUCACUCUGCACUUACUUUGAGAGACAGACUGUGGGGUAAAACUAUAAAAAUAAAACGAACAAUGUUAAAAUUUAAA